UUUGUUUGCAUUUCUAACGAAAAGUGGAAUUCGUUCCCGGCUAAUUAAUUAUAGUAUUAAAUGAAGAAAUACAAUAUCAAAGACUUCUUAGACCUCAAAUAUUUCGUACACAACUCACAAUAUCUGAGAAUAAAAGCGAAAAACAAUUUUUGUAAUAACUCAGUCAAACAUAAUGCUAGAAAUGUGAUUACUGCCAUUGGAUUUCUUAUCGCAAAUGAAUAUCUUAUUUUUUGUGGCUCACGAUAAGUUAUCUGUAAAAUUUAAAGAAAUUGCAGAAG